AUGAUUGUUACAAUGCCUCAAGCCAAACUAACCAAGGCAAUUCAUGUAAAAGAAACUUGGGCGCGGAGACUCAACGGAUUUACUUUCAUUAGCUCUGAGGAUGAUAAAAACCUCCCAUCAAUUCUCAUUAUUAGAGAUAUAUCCCUGCUAUAUGCUUAUGCUCCUCUAGCCCCUUCCUCUAAGCAACUUCACUCUCAAAUAGCAUACAUUCUUCCUGCUGCCACAAUUAUUCCCAUUCCUCCACGAAUCUUCCACUCCUAG